AUGUUUUCGAAUCGGACGGUUCAGAUCGAGGAGAGCGAAGAGUCCGUGCGGCUGAGAUCGUUUGGGACCCACAGCGCGUCACAUCAUCAGCUCGUCGCAUGCAAGCGGUUAAGAUCUGUUGUUUCGAUUUCGAAUUUCUCCAAAAACUCUUUCAACCUCUUUUUCCUCCGUCUCUCCUCCGACUAUCAUGCCUCCGAAGAAUCGUCAAGCAAGAGAAGGGAAAGGCCGUCGACCUCGGCGGUGACGGGAAUUCACGCCGCACGCCGAGACGACGCUCGACGCCGAAAGCCUCGACGCUUCCGGCAGGAUUUCGGGAUCCCGGAUGAGAUCGAACUCGUUCUCCGGCUGAGGGAGAGGACCCGGAGCAUGUUCGUCCGGGGUUUUGCUGCGCCUAUACGUCGUAUUGGCGGAGCGCCGGGAUGA